UCAAUUCUCGCGAUGAUUCUCCCUCCAGGUCCUCUUGCUUUCCUCCCCUCACCUCGACCCGGUAGUCGAUUACAGACCACGCUGUGAGCCACGGAGACACCGUAGAAUUAGACCAGCUUCCGGGACUCGUCCUGACGGCUGCGACUCUUCUCAGACUCUCACAGGAACGAGUGACUACUGUUAAUUAUAUUUAAAAUGGGUGUAAAGAAGAAGAAAGAAACUCAAGUUACUUCAUUGACUGUUUGUCAUCAGGACCUUGAAACUCUGAGAUCUUUGGCUGAUGUAGAAGGGAAGAAUCUAGCUUCUUUGCUGUUACAUUGUGUACAACUCACUGAUGGAGUGUCACAGAUCCAUUAUGUUAAACAGAUUGUGCCCUUACUGGAGAAGGCAAAUAAAAAUGGCAAGUGUGAUCCCACUAUUCGAAGUUGUUUGGAUAUUUUAGCAGGCAUUUAUCUUUCUUUGAAUCUAAAGAAUCCCUUGAAGAAAGUCUUGGCAAGCUCACUAAAUGACCUACCUGAAUUUUUUCUAACUGAGGCUACACAGAGUUUUACUUCUCGUCUUCAGGAAGAAUUGAAUACUACUACUGAUCUGUACUCUUAUAGGAAAGUUAUUGACAAUAUAUCUUCCUGUAUGGAGAACUUUGACUUGGGUAGAUCAAGUGUUAAUAACCUUCUUGAAAAUGUGCUUCAUUAUCUACAGAAGAGUUUAAUUGAAAUUUCAGAAGAAAACAGAAAAUUGGCUGGAAAUCAUAUUGUUCAAACUCAGUUGAUGAAUGACUUGUUGGUAGGCAUUAGAGUUUCAGUGAUGUUAGUACAGAAAGUACAAGGUUUCCAGAGACUUCAUUUGAAGAGUUCUCCUACAUGGCAAAGUAUGUGUGAAUUGCUGAGUAUCUUUACCAAGUUUUUAAGCGAUGAUGACCUCUUACAGACAAUUCAGAGUACAUCUGGAUUAGCUGUUAUUCUUUUUAUUAAGGCUAUGUUUCAUCCACCCGAAAAGAUUCCUGAUUUGAUUAGUAGUUUGCUUCUCCGUUCAGUGGACCACACCAGCAUCCCCGAGUGGCUUUUGAACUGCUGCAGGAGCCUUUGUUGUGCUGAUGUCUCCCAGUCAGCUCUCUUAUUCCUGUGUCAGGGGACACUCACCAUGUUGGAUUGGCAGGAUGGGAGGAUGGGCCCCAGUGGGGAGGCCCUGCUCUUGGAUACUGUGCGUGUUCUGUUCACCUUGAGUUCACAGAUCAAGGAGUCAACUCUGGAAAUGUUUCUGUCUAGAAUUUUGGCAUCUUGGACUAAUUCAGCUAUACAAGUCCUUGAAUCAAGUUCCCCAAGCCUAAAGGACCGUCUGAAUGGGAAUUCAGAUGUGGUUCGGAGACUUUUGGGAUAUGUCUAUACCCACUGGGAACAUCCCUUGGAUGCUUUGAGACACCAAACCAAAAUCAUAUUCAGAAAUAUUCUCCAAAUGCACCAGCUUGCCCUGGAAGAGUCAGGUUCAGAUUUGGCUGCUGAUAGUUUCAUUUUUCAACUGACUGAGAGUCUUUUGCGAUUGGAAUGGCAUAGUAAAGGAAAGUACACAUGCCUUGGUUGUUUAGUAGAUUACAUAGGAAUUGAACAUAUUUUGGCAUUAGCUAAAACUAUUCCAUCGCAAAUCUUAGAGGUGAUGGGGGACCAGUCCUUGGUGCCUUAUGCAAGUGACCUCUUGGAAACCAUGUUUAAAAAUCAUAAGAAUUGUUUGAAAUCCCAGGCUGUUGACAGCACUUGGAUUGACAAGUGGCAUGAGACUUGGGUUUCUCCUCUCCUGUUUAUACUGUGUGAAGGAAAUCUGGAUCAAAAAUCUUACGUGAUUGAUUAUUACUUGCCAAAAUUAUUGAAUUGCAACCCUGAAAGCUUAAGCUACAUGGUAAAGAUUCUUCAGACUUCUGCUGAUGCUAAAACUGGGUCUUAUGACAGCAGAGGGGCUCUGGGAGCUUUGAUGGCUUGUCUACGAACAGCUAGAGCUCAUGGACAUCUUCAGUCUGCAACUGAUGCCUGGAGGGACCUUGUGUCCAGUGCAAGAAUAAAGCAAGGCUUAAUUCAUCAGCACUGCCAAGUACGGAUCGAUACAUUAGGCUUGCUUUGUGAAAGUAAUCGAAGCACAGAAAUUGUUUCCACAGAAGAAAUGGAGUGCAUUCAGUUCUUUAUCACAUACAAUCUUAACAGUCAGUCUCCAGGAGUGCGGCAACAGAUUUGUUCUCUUCUUAAAAAGUUGUUUUGUAGGAUACAGGAAAGUUCUCAGGUACUUUAUAAACUGGAACAAAGUAAAUCCAAACAUGAACCAGAGAAUGAGUUAACCAGACAGCACCCUUCUGUAUCUUUACAGCAAUAUAAGAAUUUCAUGUCAUCCAUUUGCAACAGUCUUUUUGAAGCAUUAUUUCCUGGCUCUUCCUACCCAACUAGAUUUUCAGCUUUAACCAUUUUAGGCUCAAUAGCUGAAGUUUUUCCUGUGCCAGAAGGUAGAGUCCAAACAGUAUAUCAGCUGAGUCAUGAUAUUGAUGUUGGUCGUUUCCAAACACUAAUGGAAUGUUUAACUGGCACUUUUGAGGAAGUGAAAAUUUUAGCAUUUGAUCUUCUAAUGAAGUUACCAAAAACAUUUGUACAAUUUCAGGAUUCAGAGAAACUACAGGGCUUAUUCCAGGCAGCACUGGAGCUCAGCACAAGCACCAAACCAUAUGACUGUGUAACAGCUUCCUACCUACUGAACUUCUUAAUCUGGCAGAACGCUCUGCCGUCAUCCCUGUCUGCUUACUUAAAAACUCAGCGGGUUGCAUGUGGAGAUGGAGAUAAGUCUGCUGCUCUGGUGGAAAGUAACACAUUAAUAGUUAUCAAAUGCUUGUUGGAAAAUCUUGAGGAAGAAGUAUCUCGGGCUGAAAAUUCUCUGCUUCAGGCAGCAGCAUCGUUUCCAAUGUAUGGGCGGGUCCACUGUAUAACAGGAGCUUUUCGGAAGCUAGCUCUAAACAGCCUGCAGUUGGUGAGUGAGUGGAGACCCGUGGUGGAGAAGCUCCUUGUGACGUCCUACAGGCUUUCCGCCGUGGUGUCUCCAGUUAUUCAGAGCUCCUCCCCAGAAGGCCUCAUCCCCAUGGACACUGAUGCAGAGUCAGCAAGCCGCUUGCAGACGAUUUUGAAUGAGAUUCAGCCCCGAGAUACUAAUGAUUAUUUCAAUCGAGCUAAAAUUUUGAAAGAAUGUGAUAGCUUUGAUUUGGAGGACUUGAGUGCCAGUGUACCGAAUAUUGAUACUUCUGCAGAAAUCAAAGGUAAAGAAGGAAAAACAUGUGACGUAACUGCUCAGAUGGUGCUGGUAUGUUGUUGGAGAAGCAUGAAGGAAGUCGCUUUACUCUUAGGCUCACUGUGCCAGCUUCUACCCAUGCAGUCUGUGCCAGAAUCUCCUGAUGGAUUAUUGACAGUGGAACAGGUAAAAGAAAUAGGAGAUUACUUUAAACAGCACCUUUUACAGUCCAGGCACAGAGGAGCAUUUGAACUGGCUUACACUGGCUUUGUGAAACUCACCGAAAUCCUAAACAGGUGCCCUAAUUUGAGUCUGCAGAAGCUACCGGAAGAGUGGUUAUGGAAUGUUUUAGAGGAAAUUAGAUGCAGUGAUCCUUCAUCUAAACUCUGUGCUACAAGACGCAGCGCUGGAAUUCCUUUCUACAUACAGGCACUGUUGGCAUCUGAACCUAAGAAAGGCAAAAUGGAUUUGUUGAAAAUAACAAUGAAGGAGUUAAUCUCUUUGGCUGGACCUACAGAUGACUCACAGAGCACAGUCCCUAAGGUUCAUGCUUUAAAUAUCCUUAGAGCCUUGUUCAGAGAUACACGUCUGGGAGAAAUUAUUAUCCCUUACGUUGCUGAUGGAGCUAAGGCUGCAAUUCUGGGCUUUACAUCACCAGUCUGGGCAGUGAGAAAUUCAUCUACACUUCUCUUCAGUACGUUGAUCACAAGAAUAUUUGGAGUUAAAAGGGGAAAGGAUGAACUUUCCAAAAAAAAUAGAAUGACAGGGAGUGAAUUUUUCUCUCGUUUCCCCGAACUCUAUCCCUUUCUUCUCAAACAGUUGGAAACUGUAGCCAAUACCGUGGACAGUGAUACAGGAGAACUAAACCAUCAUCCCAGCAUGUUUCUCUUACUUUUGGUGUUGGGGAGGCUCUACCCUUCCCCGAUGGAUGGCACCUGUUCUGCUCUCAGCAUGGCACCUUUUAUUCCCUUCAUUAUGAGAUGUGGUUGCUCACCUGUCUACCGCUCCCGUGAAAUGGCAGCUCGUGCCUUGGUCCCAUUUGUUAUGAUGGACGAAAUCCCUGAUACCAUCCGAACUCUGUUGGCCAAACUCCCUGACUGCACUGACCAGUGUUUCCGGCAAAAUCAUAUUCAUGGGACACUUCUCCAGGUUUUUCAUUUGUUACAAGCCUUCUCAGACUCCAAAUACAGAAUGAAUACAUACUUUCAGCAGGAGCUGGCUGACGUCGCUGUUUGUACUAAAGCCAAAAUCUGGCUGGCCAAGAGGCAAAAUCCAUGUUUGGUGACCAGAGCUGUGUAUAUUGAUAUUCUCUUCCUGUUGACUUGCUGUCUUGACAAACCCUCAAAAGACAACCGGCCAGUUCUCCGACCAGGGAUUGAACCCCCGCCCUCUGCAUUGGAAGCGUGGCGUCUUAACCACUGGACCGCCAGAGAAGUCCCAGUUCUGGAGCAGCUUGGCUUCUGGGAGGAAGUCAGAAGGGUCAUCUUGGGAUCAGAGUUGAUAACCGGAUUCCCCUGUACCUUCACGGCGCCAGGCCUGCCCCAGUACCUCCAGAGCCUCACCAAACUGGCCGUCGCUGCGGUGUGGGCAGUAGCGGCCCAGGCUGGAGAGCAGGCAGGGGACGUUCCCAUCUCCUUCUCUCAGCUGUUAGAGUCUUCCUUCCCUGAAGUGCGCCUGCUGACGCUGGAAGCCCUGUUGGAAAGGUUCUCAGCAGCAGCCUCGGGACUAGGAGAGAAGGGACUGCCACCCUUGCUAUGGAAUACGGAAGGGACAUUCUUGAUGUUGGCUAUGAAGGAAAAUCACCCAGAAUGCCUCUGCAAGAUACUGAAAAUUCUCCAUUGCAUGGACCCCAGUGAGUGGCUUCCUCAGACAGAGCGCUGUGUCCAUCUAACCCCAAAGGAGUUCUUGAUCUGGACAAUGGAUAUUGCUUCCAAUGAAAGGUCUGAAAUACAAAGUGAAGCUCUGAGACUCGCCUCCAAAGUGAUUGCCCACCACAUGCAGACGUGUGAGGAGACCAGGGACUUGGUGGCCCCCAACCUGAAGCAGUGGGUUCAGUUGGUCGUCUCUUCUUGUGGAGAUCAUCUUCCCACCGAGUCCAGGCUGGCCGCUGCUGAAGUUCUCACCAGCACUGCACCAUUUUUCCUCACCAACCCCCAUCCCAUUCUUGGACUGCAAGAUACGCUUGCUCUCUGGAAAAGUGUCCUCACCCUCCUGCAGAGUGAGGAGCAAGUAAUCCGAGAUGCAGCCACAGAAACCGUGAUGGCUGCCAUGUCACAGGAAAACACUUGCCAGUCAACAGAAUUUGCCUUCUGCCGGGUGGACGCCUCCAUCGCACUGGAUCUGGCCCUGGCUGUGCUGUGUGACCUGCUCCAGCAGUGGGACCAGCUGGCCCCUGGACUCCCAGUCCUGCUAGGAUGGCUGUUGGGGGAGAGUGAUGACCUCAUGGCCUGUGUGGAGAGCAUGCAUCAGGUGGAAGAAGACUACCUGUUUGAAAAAACAGAAGUCAACUUUUGGGCUGAGACCCUGAUCUUCAAGAAAUACCUCUACAAGCACCUCUUCCGCCUCCUCUCCAAGUCCAGCUGGCGUCCCCUCAGCCCUGAGAGGCUCUGUCAUCUUCAGAGGACAGCGUCAGAGCAAUGCCACCUCCUUUCACAGCUCUUCAGAGAGCUGCCACCAACUGCUGAGUUUUUGAAGACGGUGGAGUUCACGAGACUGCGCAUUCGGGAGGAAAGGGCUUUGGCUUGCCUGAGGUUACUGGCGUUUCUGGAAGGAAAGGAAGGGGAAGACAUCCUCGUUCUCAGGGCUUUGGACUCUCCUGCAGCAGUGAAUCAGUUAACUCUUCCAAGAACAGAAACGGCUUGUUGAAGAAAGAAGACUUGUGGGGUUGGGGGUAGGGUGGAUUGUUCCCCCAGUCAAUCCGCAGAAAAAUGUUGAACAGAAACUUAAGCGUCUUCUCCCUUUCACAACUCCCCCACUUCUGUGAGUCUAGUCUUCUGUCCUACAGAGGACUUUUUCUUCAGUUCAGUCAUUCAAGGCAGCCUCGUUUAUUGCAGCUACUGUAGGACGUGAGGCUACCACGUUGAAUAUUGACUCUGUUCCCAGGUGCAGGCCACCUGCAGGCCUGAAUUAGCCUUUUUCAUCCCCCAGGACCUCCAGUGUCCAACCAGAGCCGGCCUACAUUUUUCUCUGAAUUGACUACAGAGUUGGGUUUUAACACAUGAUUCCCCCCCACCCUUUUCUGGCUAGUUGUGGGAGCUGGAUUAGUUGGCAAACAGCCCACUUGGUCAGAAUUCCAAAUUUUAUUUGAUUUUAGCAAAGGCAGAAAUAUGUUCCAAAUGUUGGAUCCUGGGAGAAUUAAGGAUCGACUUCAUACAAAUAAUUUUGUUUUUACUGUCUGCAUGUUUAAGCCUUCAGUGACCUACACAUACCAUCCUAAUUAUUAAAAGAGCCAUUAAGAGCUCCUACCCCCCUCUCCCCACUGUAAAAAGUAUUUGUGCUAUUGUUAGGAAAACAGAUUCACCACCCAGUGAAAUCAUAGACUCUUGGCUGUUAGAAGGAACCUGGGGAAAGGAGAGUCAGAAUAAAUGACUUAUUUGAUGCCUA